GCCGGAGCGAGCGGGGGUUCGGCGGCCUUACCUGUCCCCACUCUCCGGCGGCGACCGGCGGCGGGCAGCGCGGCGGGCGGGGAGGGCCGCCGCCAGGAAUGAAUCUGAAGUCUGCUGCAGUAAAACACUGAAGGCUUUACAAUGUUUUCUUGCAUAAAACUCAAACUUUAAGUAGCUGCUUAUGAGGCUAGGAAAGGCAGGAGGCUAAUGUGUGUCUCAAGAUACAGGACAGCUGUUUGCCCAUCAACCUCAACUGUGUGUGCAACAGAGGAACAUGGCUCAAGAAACUAAUCACAGCCAAGUGCCUAUGCUUUGUUCCACUGGCUGCGGAUUUUAUGGAAACCCUCGUACAAAUGGCAUGUGUUCAGUAUGCUAUAAAGAACAUCUUCAAAGACAGAAUAGUAGUAAUGGUAGAAUAAGCCCACCUGCAGCUUCUGUCAGUACUCUGUCUGAAUCUUUACCCGUCCAGUGCACAGACGGCAGUGUCGCGGAUGCUCAGUUACCACUAGACUCCACGUCUGCAUCUGUGCAGCCAAGCCCUGUAUCAAAUCAGUCACUUUUAUCAGAAUCUGUAGCAUCUUCCCAAGUGGACAGUACAUCUGUGGACAAAGCAGUACCUGAAACAGAAGACCUGCAAGCUUCAGUAUCAGAUACGGCACAGCAGCCAUCUGAAGAGCAAAGCAAGUCUCUUGAAAAACCAAAACAAAAAAAGAAUCGCUGUUUCAUGUGCAGGAAGAAAGUGGGACUUACUGGGUUUGAAUGCCGGUGUGGAAAUGUUUACUGUGGUGUACACCGUUACUCCGAUGUACACAAUUGCUCUUACAAUUACAAAGCUGAUGCUGCUGAGAAAAUCAGAAAAGAAAAUCCAGUAGUUGUUGGUGAAAAGAUCCAGAAGAUUUGAACUCCUGCUGGAAUACAAAAUCCUUUGACCAUCUGCAAACUAAAAAUUGACUUGAGGUUUUUUUUCCUAGUCAUUGGGAAUGUAGAGCACUGUAUCUUGCAUAGACCUUUUAAUCAUGCAUGUCAUCAGAAGAAUAGAUUUUUGUUUUUGUUUUGAAAAUGACUCUGAACAUUUAUUUCCAUUGCAGUUUCUGUGGCUGAAAAGACUUAAGUAAACUUUACAAGUAUUAUCGUUUUAAGAUCAUUUUAAUUUUAGUUGAGUGCAGAGGGCUUUUAUAACAAACGUGAAGAAAUUUUGGAGGGCCGUGAUUUUUCCAGUAUUAAACAUGCAUGCGUUGAUCUUGCAGUUUAUUUUCUCAUUGUGUGUGUACAUAGCUUUUCUCUGCAGCACGACCUCUGUCGAUGGCGCCCCUUGGGGCACAGCUACUUACCAGUCACUGAAUGUACCUUCAUCCUUACGGCUGCUUUGGGGUUUUCAUUAACAAAGGUUCUACAUAUGUUAGCAUAUAGUUUCUUUGCACCCACUAUUUAUGUCUGAAUCAUUUGUCACAGGAGAGUGUGUGCUGAUGAGAUUCUAAGUUUGUGUGUUUUUAAAUUUUUUUGAGCGAGGGAAGGAAAAGCUGUAUGCAUUUCAUUGCCGACUGCAGGUUUCUUUCAGAUUACGUUCAUCGGUCUGUGUGUAUACAAUAUGAAGAAUGAUCUGAAGUAAUUGUGCUGUAUUUAUGUUUAUCCACCAGUCUUUGAUUAAAUAAAAAGGAAAACCAUAAUUGUUCCCUUCUAUUA